AUGUCCCAGGGAAACCCCCUCCGAGUCCUGGUCAUAGUCUCGCACCGGAGUUCUCAGAUAUCCAAAGCCCAAAACAACCCAGAGGCCCUCCUGCCAAAAGCCGUCCGCCUCCUCAAAGAAAGCCAUAUCUACAUCCCACAAGAAGUUCACCCAACAACAAAGCUAGUGGCAGCUCAGAAGUGGCGAACGCGGGUAUUCUUCGUCUUCGACAUCUGCCACACAGCAUACGACGCCAAGCUCGGCCAUCUACCCGAGCAGAACAAGCUCCCCGUUGCUGUUGUUCAUCUCAGCAAAAAGAACACGGCCUAUGUGGCGAAUGCCUGGUUGUCAAAGAGGGUUAACAGAGAUAUUGCACUGUUUCACAAUGCCAAUGGCUUCGGGGCAGUGCCGCCUUUUGUUGAGGAUCACACCGUUGGAAAGCCACCUGAGUAUACGAACCCGAGGGAUAUUUCACUCUUGCGGGCCUCUUGCGUGUGA